CUGCCGCGCGAUCGCGCACUGCGGAUGGAUUGCCAUUUGCCCUCCUCGGCAACGAGCACACAUGUGCUCCCCGCUUUUGACUCUCUCUCUGCAAGCUAUGUAUUAUAUAGUAUAGCAUAUCUGUCUCUGUCUCUCUUUUGUGUUUACGUUCGCGCAGCUGUGUGGGUGCGCGAGACUCGCCGUUUGGUAAACUCGGGAUCUGCCUUGCCGAUCGCAUAUGCCAAUAUACAUAUAGGUCUAUCGUCUAUGUAUAUAAAUAUACAUAUGUCAAUUACAGUGCGAGGAAACACGGCUCCCUGGGACAGAUUUCCCCAAAGUUCUGCGGCCGCGGAUGAGUCAGUUGCUACAGCGUCGCCGAGACAAUACGCUCGCGGUGAACGAUUGUCGUAAAAGUAAACUGUAUCUAUGCACAAGAACGGCAGCGGCAGCUAAUUCUGUAUGACAUCAAAUCGGGCCAUAGGCGCGAAUCGAUAAAGUCGUCCAUCGCGCGCUGCUGCGCUCUACUCUCUCCGUGUCUGCUCACUUCUUCUUCGUCUCGUGAAUACGUAAACAAGCAUCAGGAUGACGACUUCGGCAAUGUCCAGCGCGAAGCUCCAGGAUGACAUCAACAGCAUACCUUUGGCCGACGAUGACCCGCAGGUGAUUAUACCAGAGGAGGAGAACAACACCGAGAACAACUCACGGACUUUGGAAGCUCUGAAUCAUGGGCAGAGCAUGGACUCGCUUCUGUCCGGCUUCACCAACAGCAGCUGCAGUCCCAACAGUACUAUGCUCUAUGUAGGAUGUCUUCUAGGUUUGGAUCCUGACAUAAGUCCAGAUGAACAGCAAGAGAAAGCAAGACUUAUAGCGCAAGUUUUAGAACUCCAAAAUACUCUCGAUGACUUAUCACAGAGAGUAGAUGGUGUUAAAGAAGAAAACUUGAAGCUGAAGAGUGAAAACCAAGUACUAGGCCAGUACAUAGAAAAUUUAAUGUCAGCAUCCAGUGUUUUCCAAUCAACGAGUCCUAAGACUAAAAAGUAAUCAGUCUAUUGAAGCUUUGAUCCAAUCAAGGUUGAAUCUGAGCUGAUAGAAAAUUUUAAAAAUGUUAAAAUUUUAUACACGUGAAAGUAUGUGCAAGCUUUUAAGCAGGCUUAUGUUUCUAACAAUUAUUUUUAAGCUAUAAGUACAUGACAUGCCAUUUUUAAUUUUACUGGGAGGGACAACUUAAGCAUCUACACAUAAAAAAUCUCCAAUAUAUACCAAAGAUCAGUUAGAUUUAAAGUAUGUGAGCAUAAAAAUGACUGGUUUUUUAUCAAUAGCUUUGAGGCUUAUAUUCAAGAACAAAUUAGAAAUCAUUGGCUGAUUUAGUAUUAUAAUUAUGCAUAGGAACAAUAUUUAAUCAUGUUAAAUAGAAAGAGCCUUCAAUACGACCAUUGAUCAUUUAAUCAUGUUUCAAAUCUAAUCUAAAAAGCUACAAAGUAGUUUCAACUUAAAAUUAACGUUAAAGAUGCUUUGGUUCUUAUACGCAAUUGAGCUCUUUUAAAUUUAAUGUCAAUUCUUUGGGGAGCCUUUUUAGAGAAUUUCAAAGUCACUAGCUCAUCUUCAAACUGAAUGAAUUCCGUUUAUUCAGUUUCGUUUUCGCACUGCAUACUGCCAAGUGUGCCGGAAAGCUUGUUGUGCGAGUAUAGUUAAGCGAACGCCGUGUUAGAUAAGAAAAAUUGUAUGUAUUGUUUGACGGGAACGCUCUGCAUCUCGCAUAUACGAAUUCUACUUUUGUAUCUCUAUCGCAAGUACCAAUGUAAUAUUGAUAUAAUCCUUAAGAUUGAAUGCAUUUGCCUUUGAUGUUCUUUAGCGAACUAUAAAUAGCUUGAACUCAUUUAUUGAGUUUAUCAGCAUUAGCGAACUAUGAGUAGCUUGGACUUGUCCAUUGAGUAUAUAUCAGCAUUAAAGUAUAAUUUAUUUUUUUAUGAAAAUCCUCUUGUACAGUCGAUAGAUCUGUAGUAUUACGAAGAAUCUCAUUUUCAAACGUAUAUUAUGUACUCCUUCAGAUAUUCCAGUUACAGUUGAUUUACUAUUAUGAUCCGUAUAAGUUCGGGACGAAGUUGAGGCGCUUCUAAAAUAGCGAUUAACCCUUUAUAAUUGAAUACUUCACGAAAGAGAGAAUGAAAUUGAAUUUGUAAUUGUUGUUACACGGCUUUGUUAUUUCCAAGGCGGCAAGCAUUUUCAUAUAUACCAAAAUGUAGCGCAAGACGAAGAAAUUAUUUGUAUAAGUAACGAUAAUUAUAGGUGAUGAUUGUGCUAGGAAAAUUUCACCGUUUAUUGAGCGAAUUAUGAUAUACCGCAGGUGAACGAAAAAUUGUAAACAAAUAAUUUAUCUACUGCGCAUAAAAACUUCAAUUAUAUAUAUUUAAUUCCAUGAGCAAACAUUGUGACGAACAAAAUAAUGAAAUUGAGCUCAUGGGCACAAGGCAAUGCACAAUAUCUUAAAGUUUCGUUUAUAACAUGACAUAUGAUUAUAAUAAAAUUUAUUCUGUGGGAAAA